AUGACCAAGUCUAGCCAAACCCCUUCAAAACCAAAAUCAUCAUCAAAAACUGGAACAAAGUCCAAAUUUGAGAAGUCCAAGCCAAAGAAAAUUGCAAAAUCGGCUGGUAAUUCUGAACCUUCACCUGCUAUCUCUCCACUUAUGCCCGCUGAUGUCCUUGCACCAUCACACUCUGUUACUGUUACACCUGUAAUUUCUACCCCUACUGCACCUACAUCUCCAAAACCAACCACCCAUGCACCUGUAUCCGUCUUUCAAAUCACCUCCAAACCUACUAAGGUCAAGGCCACUUCAAGAAAAUCAGUAAAUAGUGGUAAAGAAAAGGAUCGUGCUACUGCUAAGGGGGAACCAAAAGUAACGGAGGCUACUGCUCAGGGGGAAUCUGCACUCGUCAAGGAUGCUCAGGUAAAACCUCCACCAUUAAAGCUUGAUGUUCUAGCUUUCACAAUUGAGGUUUCCCCGUUAGAAGUUGUUGAACCCUUGAGUGAUACACUGAAUGUAGGAGUACUAAUGUAA